AUGCUGGGUCCUGUGCUCCUGCUGCUGGCCCUGCUCCAGGGGACCACUCUGCCCAGUGAGCUGCCAGCACCCCGGUUCCCAGAUGCACCUGGGCCCUGGUUGCGCCGACCCCUUUUCAGCCUGGAGCUGUCGGAUGUGGAGGACACCUUCCCCCGGCGAGCAGGGCCGCUGGCGGUGCCAGCUGACAGCCGCGUGUUCGUGCAGGCGGCCCUGGCCCGUCCCUCCCCGCGCUGGGGCCUGGCCCUACAUAGCUGCUCAGUGACCCCGUCCUCACGCCCUGGCCCGGGCCAUGCCCUGGUGCUGCUGCGCGGGGGCUGUUCCGCCGACACCUCCGUCCUCUUCCCGCCGCCGCCCCUCGGUGCCGACCGUCCUGUGCGCUUCAGCUUCCGCCUGCGCCCGGUCUUCAACGCCUCUGUGCAGUUCCUGCACUGUCAGCUGAGCCGCUGCCGCCGACUCCGGGGAGUCCGCGGGUCUGAUCCUCUGACACAGCCAUCGCCUGUGCGCGAGCACCGGUGUCUCCCUCAAGGUGAGGCGUGCGCGGGCGCCGGCAGAGGCUUCAGUGAGAGCCUGGGCGCCAACAGCCCCCACCUGCACACACUGACGCAGCCCAUCGUGGUCACCGUACCGCGGCUGCCUCCACGGCCGCCCAAGAGCAUCCCAGGUAGGACCAUGCGCCCUGAGCCUGCCGCGCCAGCCACCGCUGCCCUGGAACCCGCGCUGGUGGUGGCACUGGUGUUAGCAGCCUUCGUACUGGGCGCUGCACUGGCCGCCGGGCUCGGCCUCGUCUGCGUGCAUUCAGCGCCCCCACCCCCCGGACCAUCCAUGGGAGCCUCGCCCAGCAGCCUCCAACCCAGGAGGACCCAAUGA